AGGAGUGGGGAUGCGAGGCUGCGCGAGCGCCGGUUCCAGCUACUACAGUCAGUCUAAAGCGCGCCGGCGCGCAGGGUGUACGAAUUGACAGUGAGUGUGUGUGUGUUUGGCAUGCUGUAAGGCUCAACAUGGGGUGUUUUAGUUUGAGAUCGCUGCUGUUGGCAGCCAUCGUUAUAAGUAAUUGUAUCACAUGGACCGCGUCCAGACACUCCUACACACACAAUGUAUCCGGCCACCGCAGAAGACACAGGCGGCAGGGCGCCGGGCAGUACCUACCAAAUUCAUACGUCAUCCCUGGAGGGGAGGGCAGUGAGAAGGGCUGGGGCCCGUGGGGGAACCCCAGCAACUGCUCGCGACCCUGUGGCGGCGGUGUUGCCAACCAGAAGAGGAUAUGCCUCAUAGAAGGGUCUGGCGCGAGCUGCACGGGAGGAGACACAAAGUACUUCUCGUGCAACACGCAAGAUUGUCCCGAGCAGAGCGACUUCCGCGCUGAACAGUGCGCUGAGUUUAACGACAAAGCCUUCAAGGGGACCAAGUACAGUUGGGUACCGUACACGAACGGUCCCCGGCCGUGCGAGCUGAACUGCAUGCCGAAGGGCGAGCGGUUCUACUACCGGCAGGCGCCGAAGGUGACGGACGGCACGAGAUGUAACGACGAGUCCUUCGAUGUCUGCGUCGAUGACACUUGUCAGCCGGUGGGCUGCGACAUGAUGCUGGGGUCCAACGCUCGCGAAGACAAAUGCCGCGUGUGCCGCGGCAACGGGACCAACUGCCACACCAACGCCGGCCUUAUCGACAACCAAGAUUACACCCAAGGAUACAACGAUAUUCUCCUCAUACCCGAAGGAGCAACUAAUAUUAUUAUAGAGGAGAUAGACAAAUCCAACAAUUAUCUUGCUCUCCGAUCAAAGAAAGACAACAAGUACUACCUGAACGGCGACUACCAGAUCAGCUUUCCUCACACGAUGCAGAUCGCCGGCGUGCUGUGGCAUUACGAGCGUAGCGUGCAGGGCUUCGCGGCGCCGGACAAGCUGCGGUGCUUGGGACCCAUCAACGAGCCACUUUAUCUCUCGCUGCUCUUGCAAGAGCCAAACGUGGGCAUUAAAUACGAGUACAGCAUCCCUAAAGACCUGGCGCCGCCCACCAACACUACCUACACCUGGACUCACGAGGAGUUCUCUCCAUGCAGCGUUACUUGCGGCUCAGGUUUCCAAACCCGCAACGUAACAUGCCGUACGCGCGACGAGCUAGAAAUUGUGGACGAGAGCCUCUGCGACGCUGGGCUCCGGCCCAUCUCCAACGAGACCUGCCAGCUGGCCGAGUGCAUGCCGGAAUGGGUGCCGAGCCCGUGGGGGCCCUGUUCCAAGCUGUGCGGCUCCGGCGGUUCACAAUCGCGCUCCGUGCAGUGCCAGAAGAUCAUCUCUAACGGGUACCCGUCGAUAGUGGACGAGAACCAAUGCUUCAGACGGCUGGGCGAUAAGCCUGAAGAGCACCAGAAGUGCAACGUCAACGCCUCUUGCCCCACCUGGUUCACUGGACCUUGGAAACCUUGCGACAAGCUGUGUGGCGACGGCAAGCAGACGCGCCAGGUAGUCUGCCACAGGAAGACCAACGGCCGCGUGGAAGUGCUGGUCGACGAGAGCUGCGAAGACGAGAAGCCUACCGCGGAGCAGCCCUGCAAUAUCCACCCGUGUGAUGGUAUCGACUGGGUCAUUUCCAACUGGACCGGGUGUGACUCCUGCGUGUCGAAGUACUACUCUCGUGAAGCUCUGUGCGUGACGAAGGACCGUCAAGUUGUGGACUCGGACUUGUGUUCGUACCAUCGCAAGCCGGAGCUGCAGAAACCGUGCGACGAGACCACACUGCCUGCCUGCGAGUCGCAGUGGUAUGCCACACAGUGGAGCAAUUGUUCAGUAGAUUGCGGCGUAGGCGUGAAGACUCGCAAAGUGUUCUGCGGGUUCUUCGACGGCGGCUCCGUGCAGAAGGUGGACGAAGCCAAGUGCGACGCAGACUCCAAGUAUAACGAUACCACUCCGUGCGAAGUCCCGGCCGACAACUGCCCCGCUAUAUGGUUCGCGGCCAACUGGACCGAGUGCACGAAAGAGUGUGAUGGCGGGGUGCAGUACCGCAAGGUGAUGUGCCUGAGCGGCGGCAACGCGUCCAGCUCUUGCCCCGAAGCUGACAUGCCUGAUGAAGAACAAUCCUGCAACCCUGAGCCCUGCAACAUAGACGAGCUGUUGUCCGUGUCAUCAACGACGGUAAUGGACGACGACGACUUGCCCGACUGCGAAGAGGAAGAGGAAGAGGUUGGCGCAGAACUGUUGACCAGCACCUCGCUCAGUGAUAUGAUGUUCAGUGACGCGUCAUCUACACCAGAAGGUUCCGGGGCCACUGAAACGGAAUUCGACUUCAGCUCUUUCUCAACCGUAACUGGAUCAGAUAUCACUGAAUUAGGCUCGGGCGAAACUGACUUAACCACAGAGUCUAACACUGGAUCUACGGUUACGGGCUCCGACUUGACAGAAGAGACAGGCUCCACAAGUUCCACUGAGACUGGAGAGACCUCAACACCGGGCUCCACAGACACUGGCUCAACAGUCUCGGGCAGUGAUACCACUGGCUCGGGCGAGACUACGGAAACAUCGUCAGGAUCAUCAGGCUCAGACUUGACCGAGGACACGGGUUCUACAGUGGCCGGCGAAACCACGACGCCGGGCUCCACGGUUUCUGGAGAGACCACAGUAUCAGGAUCCACUGACAGCUCUUCUGGAGCCUCGAGCAGCGGUGACACCUCUGCCUCGGAGCCUACCUCUGACUCCAGCUCAACGGUGGCCGGUGAAACCACAACAGCCGGCUCUACUGUGGCCGGUGAAAGCACAACUGCUGGGUCAACCGUAGCUGGAGAGACCACAACCCCUGGAUCCACAGUCAGUGGCUCAACUGGAGUCUCGAGCAGUGAUGCUACCAGCUCAAGCGAACCUACUGAAUCGACCUCCGAAGAAACGACGCCUACUAGCUCAACUUCUGACUCAACGACGGAUAGCUCAGAGACCACAACACCCAGCGGGGAGACCACAACACCUGGCGGGGAGACUACAACACCCAGCGGGGAUACCACAACACCCGGUGGUGAGACUACUACUCCUGGCGGGGAGACCACUACACUUGGUUCGGGAACGACGACCUCUGUGGCAGGAGAAACUACAACGCCUGGUUCUAGCGAGGCUACAUCUGAUGGAUCCACGGUCUCAAGUGACGGUUCAUCAACUAGCCCUGGAGAUAUCAGUUCCACAACUGAAGGUGGUACUACACUUAGUGGGCCUACCGAAACUGGCGGUUCUAGUGAAACUACUGAAACUGGCGGCUCUUCACCAAGUGAAACCACCGAAGUUAGCGGCUCUUCUCCUAGUGGAUCCACCGAAGUUGGCGGUUCCUCGCCUAGUGAAAGUACCGAAUCUGGUAGUUCAUCUUUAUCUACCACGGAGGGUGUCUCCGGCUCGACAGAGGAAGGCUCGUCCACAACUACCGAAGCUGGGGAGACUACUCCAUCGGGUAGUACAGGAAGCGAAGGUUCCACGGAAUCAGGCGCUACUGAGUCGACUACAGAAGCCGAAACCGGAUCUACUGACAGUUCUUCAUAUGGCUCAACUGAUGGAACUACCGAAUCUGAUGAAAGUACGCGUUGGGACUUGUCUACCAUACUGUCAACCAAGUCUCCGCGCUGCAGACCGAGGAACAAACCGGCCAAGUGCGUCUCGAGCAAGUUCGGAUGCUGUCCAGACAAGAAGACACCCGCUGGCGGGCCAUUCGAUGAAGGAUGUCCAAGCCCAACCACUUGCAAGGACACCAAAUACGGCUGCUGCCCCGACGGCGUGUCUCCCGCGGGAGGGCCACGCAACAGGGACUGCCCUGUACCGAACUGUGAGGAGACCCUGUACGGAUGCUGCAAGUCUGACCAUAAGACACCGGCCGAAGGCAAUGAUCAGGAGGGAUGCCCGCCGGCUUGCAAACUCUCCAAGUUUGGUUGCUGCGCGGACAAUGAGACUAAAGCCACUGGACCGCAUAAGGCGGGAUGUCCUGAAACGUCUACAACUACAACAGAGUCUCCCACGGAAGAAACUACGGGAUCGGAUGCAUCAACAGAAACUGGAUCUACAGAAGAAACGACCGCAGAAACGACAACCGAGCCUGUUACCGAAAAAUGCGAAAUCGUCAAUGGUAAGGAAGUGUGCCACCCAUGCAGCACUUCCGAGUUUGGGUGCUGCGACGACGGCGACACAGCGGCGCACGGACCCAACAAGCUGGGCUGCUGUCUGCUCACGCCGCACGGCUGCUGCCCCGACAACUACCAGCCGGCGACUGGCCCCAAUCUAGAAGGUUGUGACUGCAAGAAUGCAACUUUCGGCUGCUGCCCCGACCAAAGGAGCUACGCCACAGGCCCCAAUAACACCGGCUGUGGCUGCGAACAUACUCCGCACGGAUGCUGCCCUGACAGGCACACCGAAGCCACCGGCCCCAACUUCGAAGGCUGCAGCUGCCACACGUACCAGUUCGGCUGCUGCCCCGACGGCAAGACGCCCGCCGUCGGCUUCAACCUCCAGGGCUGCCGCUGCCAGGAGUCCCAGCACGGCUGCUGCGGCGACGGCGUCACGGCUGCCACCGGACCCAACCAGGAGGGCUGUGACUGUGCUUCCAGCAAGUAUGGAUGCUGCCCUGAUGGAGUUACAGAGUCGCAGAGCAAGAACUUCACUGGUUGUGCUGAUGCUCCUGUUAAUAAGCAAGCGGGGUGCGCCCUGCCGUACGAGCAAGGCCCGUGCACCAACUACUCCAUCCAAUGGUUCUACGACACGGACUACGGAGGCUGCUCUCGCUUCCACUACGGCGGCUGCGAAGGCAACGGCAACCGGUUCGCGGACAAAGCCGAGUGCGAGGAUGUGUGCGUCAAACCUGCUCCUAGAGACGCUUGCCACCUACCCAAGGUGAAGGGCAGCUGCACGAACAACCCAUCCAUCCGGUGGUACUACGACGACACCUACCAGAGAUGCCUGCAGUUCCACUAUGGCGGCUGUCUCGGCAACGCCAACAACUUUGACAAGCAAGAGGAGUGCGAGAGGCAGUGCGCGCCUAAACAUGACGAAGAAGAACAGUGCCAGCUGCCCAUCGAAGAAGGCCCGUGCGCCGGCAACUUCAGUCGCUGGGGCUACAACGAGACCACGGAACGCUGCGAAGAGUUCCUGUGGGGAGGCUGCGAGGGCAAUCCUAACAAGUUCAUAUCUGAGGCAGCUUGCAUGCUGAAGUGCAAUCCACCAGGCACGAGGAAACCUGUGUGCGAGCAACCUCAGGACGCAGGCAACUGCACUGAGAACCUUCCGUACUGGUCCUUCGACCGCGACGAAGAGCGAUGCGUUCCCUUCUAUUACGGUGGCUGUGGAGGCAACGAUAACAAAUUUAGCGAUCAGAAACAGUGCGAUGAAGCUUGCCCUAAGUCAUUUGUGAAAGACAAGUGCACCCUGCCGGCGUCACCCGGAGAAUGCAGGCAGUUCCGCUUGCGCUGGUUCUUCGACACCAAACACCAACAAUGUCGCCAGUUCCCGUACGGUGGAUGCGGUGGCAACGACAACAAUUUCGUGUCAGAGGAUCUGUGCGACUUGGAGUGUAACCACCCCUCCACUCCGCCUCCGGCACGGGAACCAGAAGCGACGUGCCUUCAGCCGACCGACGCAGGCGGCUGUUCGGGCCGCGAGGAGCGCUGGACGUACUCCGCCGAGUCUAAAGAGUGUGUGCCGUUCGUGUACACCGGCUGCGGCGGUAACGACAACAAUUUCCCGUCGAAGGAAUACUGCGAGCUCACUUGCCGACCGCCGCAAGACAUAUGCGAGUUGCCGAAAGAAGUCGGCCCAUGCCGCGCCGCGCACCCGCGCUGGUACUACGAUAGCACUAACCAACAAUGUCGUCAGUUCAACUACGGAGGCUGCCUCGGCAACAAGAACAACUUCAGAUCAGAGGAGGAGUGCCGCAUCGGAUGCGUGCUCACGCGAGCGCCGCCAGCGCCACCACCGACACAAGACGUAUGCUCGUUGCCGGCGGAAGUGGGUUUGUGCCGCGUGGCGGUCCCGCGCUUCUAUUUCAACGCCGCUUCCGGCCGCUGCGAGCCUUUCACCUACGGAGGCUGCGGUGGAAACCAGAACAACUUCGAGAAUCUGCAGGAGUGCGAACAGCGCUGUGCACCAGCUCCCGUUUCUCCUCCGCGUGAUGUUUCACCCGAGUGUCGCGUGGCAUCCCUCGACCAAUGCCGAGGCGUCGGCCGUAUGUGGUACCUGGACCCGGCUAGCGGGCGCUGCGCCCCGCACGACCCGCAGCCCGGCGCGCCCAGCUGCGACCUGCCCGGCAUCUUCAGCUCGCCCGAGGCUUGCGAGCGCGCCUGCGGUGACUUCAGAGAGAUAGGUGACGUGUGCCGGCUCGAGAAGGACGCGGGCCCGUGCAGCGAGCGCCAGCCCAAGUACUACUUCGACUCGGCCACGGGGACCUGUCUGGCCUUCACGUAUGGCGGCUGCUUCGGCAGCGCCAACCGGUUUUCCAGCGAGGCCGAGUGCGAGGCCGUGUGCUUACCUGGAUUACCUGAUCCGUGCAAGCUGCAACCCAGCGCAGGCAACUGCAGCGAGCAGGUCGAGAGCUGGUACUACGACGAGGGCCGCGACGAGUGCGGAGAGUUCUACUACACCGGCUGCGGCGGCAACGAUAACAGAUUCCCAAGUAAAGAAGAAUGCGAGGGACAGUGCAAGAAGGGCGGUGUGCCGGAACCAUCACAGAACGAACAAUGUCGUACGCCAGCCUCACUAGAGCCAUGCGGCGAGCCGAGCAUCGCCUUCUACUACGACUCUGCACAGGGCCGGUGUGUACCCGCCCCGAUCGGUGGCUGCACCGACUACCCGAACAAAUAUAGCACCGAGGAAGAGUGUCUGAGGAGCUGCGGCGAGUUCAGAGGAUUAGACGUGUGCCGCGCGCCGCUCGACCCGGGCCCGUGCCGUACGUCCACGCAGAAGUACUACUGGAACCUUCGCGAGGGCCGCUGCGAGCCCUACACGUACGGCGGCUGCGGCGGCGGCCCCAACCGCUUCUCCAACCGGCCCGAGUGCGAGGACGUCUGCGGACAUCUAGCUAUCGACCCGGCGUGCGGGCUGGCGCCGGCGCCGGGCGCGGCGUGCGCGGGCGGCGGCACCGCGGGGCAGCAGCGCUGGCACCACAGCGCGCUGUACGGCGAGUGCCGGCUCUUCGUCUACUACGGCUGCGAGGGGAAUGGCAACAACUUCUUGACCAAAGAGGAGUGCGACCGGCACUGCAGCCCGCCGCCGGCCGGCAACGACCCCAGCGUGAACGAAGUUAUUACCGGCUGCGAGGCUGCACAGGCUGAGUGCGCGGCGCUGUCCUGCGCGUACGGCGUCGACAGGACUAGAGAUCCUUACGGCUGUGAGAGGUGUACCUGUAUAGCUCAUCCGUGCGAAAACAAGAGGUGCCCCGACGGCGAACGCUGCGUGGUCGUUGUUAACUAUGACGCCACCACCGGCAACACCCAGUAUGUCGGAGACUGCGGAAUAGCGGAGAAACCUGGCACGUGUCCCACGGAGGAGGCAGCCCCCUCCAGCACUUGUCACGUGGAGUGCAACGACGACGCGGAUUGCCGCGGCGAGCAAAAGUGCUGCAGCAGCGGCUGCAGCCGGCUCUGUCGUGAGCCCGAGGGCGCAGCGCCAGCGCCUGUCGAGUGCUCGGCCGAGCAGUCUCGAUGCGCGUCGUUGCAGUGCGAGUUAUCAAUGCAGAGAACACGAUUACCGAACGGCUGCGAGCGCUGCGACUGUGUGAGACCUGAACCAAACUGCCAACCGUUCGUGGACGAGUGCAACGCGCUCAAGUGCAACUAUGGACCGAUCACUAGGACCACUGACGCCGAUGGAUGCGAGAGGUGUACCUGUAUAGCUCACCCAUGUGAAGGCAAGCAAUGCCCUGAAGGCCAACGCUGCACGGUAACCGCCUCCUACGACGGCCCGUCCGGCAGUACCCAGUACACCGGCGAUUGCACGAUAGUGGACAAGCCCGGCACGUGCCCCGCGGAGCAGAGCUCCUCCGGCUCGUGCCACGUGGAGUGCAACGACGACGCGGACUGCCGCGGCGUGCAGAAGUGCUGCAGCAGCGGCUGCAGCCGGCUCUGCCGCGCGCCCGCCGGGCCCGAGAACGCAGUGCAAAUGCCAAGGGAACCACAAGCGCCAGCACCUAACCCAGAGACGGAACACGAAGUGAGCUCGUCAGAGGGCGGCACCGCGACACUGCGGUGCCUGUUCCACAGCAACCCGCCACCGAAGAUCACGUGGAGGAAGGGAGAGAUCACGAUCGAUGGCACUCAAGGCCGCUACCGACUGACAUCCGACGGCGCGCUUCAAAUCGUGUCGCUAUACCGAGACGACUCGGGCGUAUACAUCUGUGUGGCCGAGAACGAACUAGGAACCUCGCAGCAGGAGAUUGAGCUGCGUGUUGAUGGUCCCGUGGAAGCGCCCGCCGGGAUCGUUGGCGAGUCCGAAUCGGAAGUGAUCGGGGAUAUCGGAUAUAGGCUCCGUAUCCGCUGCCUCGCGUACGGAUACCCGACACCGUCCAUAGCGUGGUACCACCGCCCGACGGCCACGAUGGUUCCUUACGACAGCGCGAAGUAUGAAGCUAGAGGAAACGAGCUGCUGAUCAAGUCGCUCGGGAUCGACACGCUGGGAGAGUACACGUGCCAGGUGUACAACGGGCUCGGGAAGGCGGUGUCGUGGACGGUGACGGUGCGCGCGGACCGCGCGGACGCGAGCUGGCCGGACAGCCCGUACCUGGUGCAGCGCGACGACGCGCUCCCGCCCCAGCGACCCCCCACCGAGCCCCCGGCUCCUCCGCAAGGAGAGAGAUCCCCACUCAUUGAGAUCCCGCCCGUCCCUCCGCAGUACACCGUGCCGGUGCGAACAGCGCUCCGCGCGCCGCAGACGGCGUUAGCUACGGGAGGACGACUUGAGCUGUCCUGCGAGGUGGACGGCCACCCCGAGCCCCGCGUCUAUUGGACCAAGGACAACGUACAGCUCGCGGAGAGCGAUAGGAUCUACUUCACACCGGCCCGUCUUAGCGUAAGCCGAUUGGUUGAAGAGGACGCCGGUGUGUAUGGAUGCCACGCCGACAACGGACACAGCAGCCACCACUCCGUGGUACAGAUCAGCGUGCAGAAACUGUACAUCCCAGAGCUAUGCAAAGAUAACCAGUAUUUUGCCGACUGCAAGUUAAUCGUGAGAAGCAAGCUAUGCCGCCACGAAUACUACUCCAAGUUCUGCUGCAAGUCGUGUGUGGAGGCAGGCGCGCUGGACCCCCAGACCCUGGAGUUCCAGGGAGACUCGGCAUUUACCUACAAGAAGAAGUAAACCCGUUAUGUGACUAAUGUGACCUAUAAACGCCCGUGGAUGCUUACCUUAACUUCCACUGUGUGUAGUGGGCUUAGAAUGGUCGCGUUGAUCCAUAGACAAACCGUCACUCUCAAAAUAGUUUUUUUUAAUUAAAUUAGGUAACGGGUUACCCGUUUGGCUGAAUGCACCAUAAUUUUACUAACAACAAAAUGUGAGAGGAUGAUGUUUUGUCCAAAUCGAUAAGCGUGGCCGUGUGGUUAUUAGUUUCUGGUAGUACAGCUUGGCAAAAAAGAAUAGAUAUGGAACUAAUUUUUUUAUCAUGGCAACAUUUACUGUUUUCAUACAAAAGAAAAGAGACGUCAAAGUGACUCAAUAGUUGCCAUAUGCAAGGCGUUUUACAUAGACAGUGGCGCCCCUAUUAUUUUCUACUCUUUUUUGCCAAGCUGUAAAUAGCACGCUAGUCCUUACCGAAAUGUGCGUUGUAAUUUUCAAUUCGAUAUAAAAUAAAGAAGUAAAUCGAUGUGCCUAUUUUGUAGUUCUGUAAAAAAAACUGCACUUGUUUACUUGAAUGAAAAAUUAAUGUUAGAUAUAUAGGUACCGAAGAAAGCAAAUAGGUUUAAUUAAAUUCAUACCAAACUUACCUUUCGUGGUUAAAAAAUAUCAUAACCUAAGGCCCAAGAUCCUACCUAUAAGUACCUCUUCAGUUCGAUGAAAUUAAACCCAGGUUCAAAUUUCAGUGGCAAAUUCUGGACUUUUUCAUUUGUAUGGCUGGGCCUUAGGAGGAUAAACGUUUGGAAAAAAAUCGCUCAUUCCCAACUGAAUAGUUACCUGUAAAAUGAAUACAUUAACAUAUUUAAGCAUAUCUACUGUAUAAAAAAUAGUAUCACUCAAUUUUAUAGAAGCAUUCCAUUUAUAAUAAAUGAAGUAUAACUACUUAAUCACGAAAGGGAUCUUCCUAGUGCUAUAAAAUUACGUGUACUAAUAUUUUUUUAAAUAUUUAAUUACUCGGUCAGUGUAGGUUCUAAAUAAUAAAUAAGUAGUGAUUGUUUAUAGUUAAAUCUGUAUUUUUUAUCGUCACCAAGUGCCAUAACAUGUUUUACUCGUGCAUUUCACUUUUUAUUUACUUAGUUAUUUAUUGAUAAAAUUGCAAUCAAGAAAUUAUUUUUAUUUUUUAAUUUGAUUUUAUAAAGAGCAUACUCGUAGAUACCAUAGAUUUAAUGUAGAUAGGAAAUGACUACUUUACCUAUUAUGUGUAAAUAAAUAGAUAACAUUAACAUGUCACAAUAAGCUCCAUCUGUGAUGGAUUCAGGAUAAUAAUAGUUUACAAACUUUAAUGACCUACCCUGAUUGAAUGAUGUUUGAAUUAAAAGUGGGCGAAGUAGUAAUGUUAAUUAUAUAAAUGGAUGUACUACAUAUGUAACGAAAAAUUUAUAAAGCUUCGUAAUUUACAUGCAAAGUUGCCUUCUUCCGAAUAUUCUAGAUGGCGCCACUAUAAUAAGUACGAAUCCUACUAAAGCGAUGCCAUCUAUAACAUUCGAAGAUAACUUUAUAAUUUCCUUCUCAAAAAAUUUAAUUACUAUUCAUCUCGGUUGGUCAUUACAAGUAAGUCAGUGAGGGAAAUAAAUUAUUUAUUUCUAAAUACGCAGUUUGGCUAAGGGUAUGCAAUAAAUAAGAUAGCGAUAAGCGGUACCGUGACGUCAUAAUAAUUUGUUACUAGGUAAGUGAAUUUAUAUGUGACAUCAUUGUAAAUAGAAGAAAUUAAAGCUCUUUAAUGAAA